GGACGCACUCUACGCGGGAAACCAAUGUUGUUUUGUCUGUGCAGUCUGCUUGUAGACUGGACUCAGCAGAAAAGCGAAACAGCGGAAAAACAGUAGCAGGAUGAAGGUGAUAACAUGUGAGAUUGCGUGGCACAACAAAGAGCCUAUCUACAGUCUGGACUUCCAGCACAACUCAGAGGGCCGCAUACACAGGCUGGCCACAGCAGGAGUGGACACCACUGUCAGGCUGUGGCGUGUGGAGAUGGGGACUGAUGGGAAGGCAGUGGUGGACUUCCUGUCAAACCUGGCGCGGCACACCAAGGCCGUCAACGUGGUGCGCUUCUGCCCCAACAGCGAGCUGCUCGCUUCUGGAGGAGAUGAUGCAACCAUCCUGCUGUGGAAGCUAAACGACAGUAAGGAGCCUGAACAGGCCCAAUCGUUCCAGGAGGAGGAGGAGGAUAGUCAGCUCAACAAGGAGAGCUGGAGUGUGGUCAAGACCCUGAGGGGACACAUAGAGGAUGUGUAUGAUAUCAGCUGGACUCGGGAUGGGAACUUCAUGGUCUCUGGUUCUGUGGACAACACUGCCAUUAUGUGGGAUGUCACAAAGGGACAGAAGCUGUGCAUCUUUAAUGACCAUAAGAGCUAUGUGCAGGGAGUGACCUGGGACCCGCUGGGCCAGUAUGUGGCCACACUCAGCUGUGACCGGGUGAUGCGUGUGUACAGUACUCAGAGCAGGAGGAAGGCCUACAGUGUCAGUAAGAUGAGCUCUGGAUCAGCUGUGGGGGGAGAGGUGAAACAGUACCGAAUGUUCCAUGAUGACAGCAUGAAGUCUUUCUUCAGGCGACUCACCUUCACACCGGACGGAUCCUUUUUGCUUGCCCCAGCGGGGUGUGUGGAGGCAGGGGAGAACGUCACCAGCACUACAUACGUCUUCUCCAGGAAGAGCCUCAAGAGGCCCAUAGCUCACCUGCCCUGCCCUGGUAAAGCCACCCUGGCUGUACGCUGUUGCCCUGUCUACUUCGAGCUGAGGACCAAGAAGGGAGAUGAUGGCAGUGCCCAGCCCCUGCCCAACAUGUUUGGCUUGCCCUACAGACUGGUGUUUGCUGUGGCAUCAGAGGACUCCAUCUUCCUCUAUGACACUCAGCAGACCCUACCCUUCGGCUACGUGUCCAACAUCCACUAUCACACACUCAGCGACCUCACCUGGUCUCGGGACGAUUCUUUCCUGGCGGUGUCUUCUACAGACGGCUACUGCUCCUUCCUUUCCUUCUCUCCUGGCGAGCUGGGCACCCCCCUGAAGGAACCCCCAGUCCUGGAGGUCGUCACCCCCGGCAACGGCCCAGAGAAGAAGGGCAAGAAGGCUGCCAUGGCUCGCAUGGUGUCCCCCGUCCCUAAAACCACAGAGAGCACCGCCACUGUCCACGCCAUUCCUAAAGAGACCCCCAGCACCCCCCUCACCUCCCAUGCCACCCCCCUGGUCCCUGGGGGUGAGGAGAAGAACAACCCUGGCAAGGCCAAGCCACAGCCCCAUAGGAUCACCCUCAACACCCUGGAGGGAUGGGGCAAGCCCAGCACCCCCAAAGCCACUGCUGCUAAUUCCCCCAAGAUCCCUACCACAACCAGCAUCAGCGCCCCCAACACCCCCUCUACAGCCCAGCCCUGCCUCACCCCAAAGGCCCAAAGAAACACUCUUGGCCCCAGCACCCCUAAAGCUAGCACCACCCCUAAAGAACCUGUCCCCAGACGGAUAUCUCUGACUCCCGUCGUCUCUAGAUCUCCAGCUGCCUUUACCACACCCUCCUCCACGGAGAAAGCCAAACAUGAACAAACCUCUCCCCCCACCGACCCUGUGUGCCAGCCCCCAGAGUCCAAGCGGCCCAAGUCCAGCACCCUGGCAGGCAAGACAGGGGUGGCUCCAGCCUCAAGGGCCACACCCAACCCCUAAGGACCCCUCAUUGCCAAGAACCCUCUGCAGGACAGAGUGGUGUCAACAUGCAACUCGCAUAUUAUCAACACGCACACACACAGUCACACACAGUCUAGCCUAUAGAACUGCUUAGAGACUGGUGUUGUGACCUAAUUUACACGCUCACAAGAGUUCACAGAGCAUAGACUGGUGUUUCCUCCUAAUGCAACUUUCUGUAUGUUUUUGUAAUUUCACAUCCUGAAUUCUUCUGUAGCUUAAUUUAUUGGAUAACCAGGUAGUUAUUUAAGUGAUAAUGCCCAAGAAGCAUUGUUAGCCGUGCCAAUAUAUCCUCCAAACACCGUCUUCGAGGGCAGUAUCAAUUUUAUACAGCGGGUUACCAACAUAUUCAAAUAAGGUUAUUUUCAUGAAUUUAUUCAUACUAUUUCAUCAUUCCUCAAGAUAUAGU